AUGCUUCAAUUCUUGAUUCUUGUCGCCAUCGGUCUCCUUUCUUUCCUGGCACGGGAUGUUGCUAGUAUCGUCCUUGAUGUUGAUGAUACACAAUCCAUUCUGGAGGCGGCCGCUCUGACCGCUCGAGGCGUAAUUGACCUGUAUAACGGCAAUCAAUCCGGGGGGACUCCAGGAAAAUGGCCCUUUCCGCCCUACUACUGGUGGGAGAGUGGCGGCGCAUGGGGUGGGUUGAUGGAAUACUGGCAUUAUACCGGCGACGACAGCUAUGUCAAUCUCACGCAGGAAGGACUCAUUGCUCAACUUGGUCCCAAAUAUGACUUCAACGUUCCUGCCGAAGCCUUCGACACCGGAAACGAUGACCAAGCCUUCUGGGUCUUUGUGGCCAUGUCCGCGGCCGAAUAUUCCUUCCCUCAACUGCCUGCUCCCUAUCCAUCCUGGGUGCGGAUUGUCAGCAAUGCUUGGGAAGAUUAUGUUACGCGCUGGAAUUCUUCAAGAUGCAACGGAGGGUUGAAAUGGCAGUUCAAUCCUCAGAACGCAGGCUACUACUACAAGAACAGCGUCUCCAACGGCGCAUUCUUUCAGCUCUCGGCGAGGCUGGCCAGGUUUACAGGCAACCAAACAUAUGUUCUUUGGGCGGACACGAUCUGGGAUUGGGCAUCGGCAAUCGGCUUGGUGGACAAUAUCUACAAUGUCUUUGACGGGACUGAUGAAACUAUCAACUGUACCGGCAUUGACCACCAUCAAUGGACUUACAAUGUUGGCGUCUUCUUGUACGGCGCGGCAGUACUGCAGAACUACACCAACGGAUCUUCGCCUUGGAUCGAACGGACCGCAGGCCUUCUCGACUCAACCAAUACUUUCAUCAGUCCCUUUCGCAAUGCAUCCAACAUCCUGUUCGAGGCGCAAUGUGAGCUCUCCAUGUCCUGCAAUGUCGACCAGCUGUCAAUGAAGGCCUAUCUCAUUCGGUGGAUGGCCGCGACGUCGAAGUUGGCGCCUUUCUCGGCAGGUCGAAUUGGUGAGGUGCUUCGAGCCUCCGCUCAAGGCGCAGCAGCAUCUUGCACGGGAGGUGGAGAGAACAAUACAUGUGGCAGUAAGUGGUACAUUGAGGGGUGGGAUGGUACAACCGGGCUGGGUCAACAGCUCUCGGCACUGGAAGUCAUGUACUCCCUGCUGGUCAAUGAGACCAAUCCACCCGCCACCUACCCAGAUGUCUCCAUUCUGCCUGCUCCCCCGUUGCCGACAAUCACCGCUACUGCCACCGAAGGACUGCCAACUGCCAGUGGUAUCGCUCGUCCGCUUCACGAUGGAGCGGCGAUCAUUCAAUCCAGGGCCCAGAAUAAGAUUCGGCCCCUUGUCGCUGCCUUUAUCACCUCAUUAGCAGUAAUGUGA